AUAUAAAUAAACAAACCAUUGUCAUAGAGAAACCCUAAAACAGAGCUAAAGGGUUCGUUUCUCUUUGCGCCUUUCUUCUUUCGGCCGAAGGUAAGUCAUGGUUAAGCAUAACAAUGUCGUGCCAAAUGGGCACUUCAAGAAACACUGGCAGAACUAUGUGAAGACUUGGUUCAAUCAGCCAGCACGAAAGGCUAGAAGAAGAAUUUCAAGGCAAAAGAAGGCUGUGAGGAUCUUUCCAAGGCCAACUGCUGGACCCCUUCGCCCUAUUGUCCAUGGCCAGACUUUGAAGUAUAACAUGAAGUUGAGAGCUGGAAAGGGUUUCACCCUUGAAGAGCUUAAGGCUGCUGGUAUUUCAAAGAAACUUGCACCGACCAUUGGUAUCGCUGUUGAUCACCGCCGUAAGAACAAAUCACUUGAAGGUCUUCAAGCCAAUGUUCAGAGGCUUAAGACCUACAAGGCCAAACUUGUUGUCUUCCCAAGGCGUGCUCGCAAGUUCAAGGCUGGUGAUUCAACUGCCGAAGAGCUCGCAACUGCAACCCAAGUCCAAGGACCAUACAUGCGUAUUUCUCGUGAGAAGCCUUCCGUUGAGCUCGUGAAGGUCACCGAGGACAUGAAAUCAUUCAAGGCAUACAACAAGCUCCGUGUUGAACGUGCGAACGAACGUCAUAUUGGUGCUAGGUUGAAGAAGGCUGCCGAGGCCGAGAAGGAAGACAAGAAGUAAGGUUACCCUUUUGGGGACAGUGUUUUGUUAUUUGGCUUGCUAAAAAGACCUUAAAUUUUGUUUUCAUUUUGUCAAGUGAACUGAGACAGCUUUAGAAAACUUUGGUAUUAUGACAGUAAUCCUUUUUGUUGAGCAUUUUAUUAAAUUGAGAAGUUUCCUGCAA